GUGAGCUCGUCGGAACAAGUAGAGGACGAAGAGUGCUUUGCUUCAAACCGUCUUUGCCUCUGGAAACAGGCCCGAUAUUUACACUGUUACGUAUUUAAAAACAUCCAACCAUGAGAAGGAAGCUGUUUGGCGUAAUUCUCGCCGUUUGUAUCGGUUGGUUUCAAGCCGAGGCUUUGACAGCGGGCUUCAUAAAAUCGCCCUUGUCUCAGAUGAAACUCAUAGAAGACAGUGCCGAGCUGGAUUGCGAGGUCAUAGGGAACCCCAUCCCUGAAGUUCAGUGGUGGUUCAUUGAGGGCGAAGAGCCGAUUGAAACGGUCACCCAGCUGUUUGACGGUGCAAAAGAGGAUCGCGUACGCAUCAAUGCCACUUAUAUCAACCACGCCACCAGCACGCUCAUCCUCACCAACCUAACUCUCAACGACACGGGUGUUUACGAGUGCCGUGCUUCAAAUGACCCUGACCGCAAUGACCUCAGGACCCCACCCAAAGUCAAGUGGAUUCGCUCGCAAGCGAACGUUAUAGUGUUUGAACAUCCAGUCAUCACGACCAAACCAGAGGUGGUGAGCGACCAGAACCAGACCUCUGCAACACUCAGCUGCAACCUUACCAACACUACUUUUCUGGUCAAAGGCAACUAUUGGACCCAUAAUGGCAAGACCAUUGAAAAAUCAGAGUCAACCCCUGGAAAAUAUUUCAUUGAAUACAUAAUUAAAAAGAUCGAUUACCACUCUGCUGGAAUAUAUGCAUGUUUCUUCCAAACAGAACCUGAGGUUAAUGCUACUAUUGAAGUUAAAGUUCCCCCAUAUGUAGGGGCCUACAAACACUCUGAAAAUGCUAAUGAGAACGACAAAGCUGUCCUAACAUGUGUGAGCCAUGGAUACCCCCUGCCUACUGACUGGAGUUGGUAUAAGCUGGGUGAAAAUGAAGAUGAAAAGGUGCCCAUUGUCAAUGGCACUGUUGACAAGUAUGAGAUCAAGAGCACCCCCAACAAGACCAUGCUGUACGUGAAAGACCUGGACAUCAACGCGGACAUGGGCAUGUACCAGUGCCAGGGCACCAAUGAAAUGGGAUCAGCCAGUGAUCAGAUUCAGCUGCGUGUGCGUAGCCAGCUGGCCGCCCUUUGGCCAUUCCUCGGCAUUGUCGCUGAGGUCAUUAUUCUCAUCACCAUCAUCUUCAUCUAUGAGAAGAGGAGAAAGCCAGACGAGAUCAGUGACGAUGAUGACUCAGGAUCUGCACCACUGAAGAGCAAUGCCGCUACAAACCACAAAGACAAAAAUGUGCGGCAAAGGAACUCCAACUGAGAAGGGCGAAAAGGUGUUCUAAUGACUACUGUCGAAGAGAUGGAGAAUUAAGUUGCGGAGUACGUUAUAACGUUAUAGUGCAUCCUGCGCGUUCUUAACCUUCUGCUUGAGUGUAAACGUGUUGAGAUAAUAAUUGGUCUCAUUUUACUUUUAUUCCUAUUCAUUUUGUGCUGCCAGCUGAUGUUUUUAAAAUAGUUUUUUUUUGGGGGGGGGGGGGGGGUAACUGCAUGAUUGUAGUCUUGCUGUAGAAGUGUGUGUUUAGUGAAUCUCUUAAUGUGGGAAGGAUUUUAUUUUCUUUCACUGUUUCCGAAACAUCUACCGAGUGUAAUUGAAUCACCGUUUAGCCGCAUGAAACUUUAACAUGUUCAAGUGUAUAGAAAUAGAGAGCUGAAUCAAGUUUCUAUAAACCUUAAUGUUUAGCCACUUUAUUGUACUUUCUAGUUUUUAAUUAUUGAAAUAAUUUAAAUGAACAACUUCUGUGCAGUACUCAUGUCGUCGCUGCAACAUUAGUGUGCUAUUAUUCUGUGUGAAUAAUCAGAUGCUACUUUUAUUUUGUCAGGCUAACAAUUUUCUGUUUAAUAAUGUCAAACAAGCUUCUUUUAAAGUUGAUAAUGUAGUUUCUGAUGUUGACUUGUAGGAUUCCUCCUGCCUAACCCUUAAGGACCAAGUGCUAGUACAGUGUGUCAUUUGCGGUACGCAUAAUCAGUUGUUAUUGUUUCCCAAAUUCUAACAUGGAGGACAAUGAUAUGGUUAUGAAUAUUAAGGUAAAGUCCGUGCAGGUGGGGUUUUCGUGAAGGCUUUCGCUUAAGUGAUACUCUCCUAUAGACCAUCAUACUUGCAUUGUGAUACAUUAAGUAUAGUGUCUGGAUGUGUGCCAUUUCCAACUUAAGAGAUGUGUAAUAUGUAAGACAUUGUUAGAAGUGUAUAAAUGUUGCCUUGGCUUCAUAGGAAAUCUAAUACACUCUACUGUACUGACUUGCACAAUCUAAAUAAACUUAUUUGAUUUUAACUGUC